UUAGUAGUGAAAAGCAUGCUGACCUGCAACAUCUCCGAGUAUACUCGAAUGGUCCUACGUGAGAAAAAUAAAAUUGUCAAAUCUGCAAAACAUUCUGGAACUUCAAAGAAAAUAGUGGAUUCCGAACCGUCGGAAAUGAUAUUGCUUCAAACCCUUUCAGUUGGUUUCGGUGACCUAAUUUCAACCGCCAAAAACAUCCGUCCCGGAUCUCAAGAACCGAAAUUGCCCGAAGCUGCAGAGAUUUUUAUUAAGAAAACUUCAAGUUGCUGUGAUCAGAUAUGGAAAUGGUGCUGUUGCAUGAGCUGCAUCCAUUGUUGUUCGAAGAUGAAUGCUCAAUGUGCCACUACGUUAACACAGCUAUGCACUGCGCUGGCAUGCAUUGACUGCUUUGAGUGUUGCUCGGAACUAUGUUGUCCUGGUCAAGACGAUAAAUAAACACGUUCCGAGAGGUUGAAUUAGUCUGUUGUCUGAACUAGUACGACUCAUCUC